CAAGACAUGCAGGGUGGAGCUGAGGCUCAUGGUGGUGGCGGAGGGGUGUUUGGACAAGAAAUUCGUAACUACUAUAUUUGUGUGUAAUUUAAAACCAUAGAAGGUGACGACUGGAGUCCUGCAGGAGAUUUUGACCCAAAUCUAGAGGACCAGAAAACAGGAUUUGAGUGCUGAAGAUUUAGUCCUUCGGGGUGUUCUCGCCCUCCUUCUUGGACUCCUUCAGACAUGGAGUCUUCACAGACCAAGGCCAAUGAGGACACCAAAGAAGGAGCUGCUGCAGAUGCAGAACUAGCCAAAGCCAUAAUGACUCGAUGUUUCCGUCCCUCUGUGAUCGGCGUGGAGGCCUGGGAGGGAUACAUGUUUUCUGAUCAGCAGAUCAAGAUCAAAGAGUCGACAGACGUCUAUGGAGCUGUGCUCUGGCCCUCGGCGCCAGUGUUAUGUCAUUUCUUAGAGACCAAUCAAGACAAAUACAACCUGACAGACAAGAAUGUGAUUGAACUUGGGGCUGGAACUGGACUGGUCACCAUUGUAGCCAGUCUGUUAGGAGCUAAGGUGACUUCCACUGACCUACCUGAUGUGUUGGGGAACCUCCAGUAUAAUGUGAUGCGCAACACCAAGGACAGAUGUAAAUACAUCCCGUUGGUAACAGAGCUGAUCUGGGGUCAGGAAGUGGAGCAGCGUUUCCCUCGAGCCACACACCGUUUCGACUACAUCCUGGCAGCAGACGUGGUGUACGCCCACCCGUACCUGGAUGAGCUGAUGGAAACUUUUGACCACUUGUGUCAGGAAAACACACAGAUCCUGUGGGCCAUGCGGUUUCGUCUAGACCCAGAGAACAGCUUUGUGGACCGUUUUCAGCAGCGCUUCCACCUGGAGGAACUUUACAACCUCCCUAGUCUGAGCAUCAAACUGUACCGAGCCUGGAGGAGGGACACCAGGGCUCAGCAGGACCAAAGAGAGGCUGCAGCCUGAACUGAUACACUGAGAGAGAGUGUGAAUUGAAGCCAUCUUACCCAGUGGUGAAGUGGUGCCUGGAAAGGGGCUGUGCUCAUAAUGUAGACCAACAUUUUAAUGAACAUCCAGCUAAGGCUAACUUUUGUUUCACCUAGAAAUUAGUUUUCAGUGUUUGAACAUUCUCACCUAACUUCUGCUGCUUCAGGCAGUAAAGAUCACUGUGAAAUUAACAAAGUGCAUCAGAUUUUAUGAUUGCCUAUUGGCCCUCAGACAAUUAUAAAAUGAUGCAUUGUGAGUGAGCUAUUUCAUAUCCCUCAACAGGGUUGGGGGUAAAGCAUCAAAAACAGAUGAACCAGCAUACUCUGAUUACUUUUGUUUCCCUUUGCCAUCCAAGAAGAGGGGAUUUAGAAGUGGAUAAACUCUACAGUGAAUGAAAAAUUGAUGUAAAUACUCCAUAAAAUGACAUAUGCUCAUGCACUACACCACCACUGGUCAUACUUGAUGGGAUUGUUUUAAUUAUUUUCAUUUUUAAUGUUUUUAUUGAUUCUGUGUACAAAUUCUUCAAUUAGAUUAAUGAAAAUAAAAAUCUAAAUUAAAAUAAGUUUUUACUUUUAAAUUUUCUACACUUUUGUAGGUACUUACCACAAUAUUUUAAUUUGAAAAAUAGCAAUAAUGCAACAUUUUACAACACACACAAACUACGAAUUAAAACUGAAUAACUCCCAAAAGUUUUCUUUCAGAACCCUUGCUUCAAAUUACAUUUUUUAUUUACUUAAAUAAAAUAGAUAAUCUAGGUAUCUGGAAAAGUUUUCUUUCAUUUUGGCAUAUAAGUACUGGGAAUUAAAUUUUGGACGAUAACAAGCAUGUUACUGUCUUUAUUAUUGUUUUUAACUGUUUGUCCUUCAUCUGCAGAGCCCCAGGUCUUGCUUGAUUACACUGUUUGCAUCCAAAGCACUGAAAAUAUUCACAAACCAAUGAAAUUUGUGAUGAAUUUACUUAUAAUUUUCCCAAAAAGUACACAGCAAAUGUACAUUGGCAAAAUGAGUCAGGGACUUGAAAAAUAAGAAUCCAUUGAAAGUUUAUUGCCACCCACUAAGAAAGAAUUGGGAAAUUUCAAAACAAAAUGUUUAAUAUGACUUCUUUAUCAAGAAGUUACAACAAAAUUUGAGAAAAAUUUCCCUUUUUUUCCUCUCAAAAACAAUACAUUAUAUCAUCUCAGAAUUCUCAGGGUCAGGGACAUUUAGAAUAAUUGUACUAAAACAGCCUCGUCACAAAAAUACUAAUUUUUCACAACAAAAAGAAAAAAGAAAAAAGAAAGAAAGAAAGAAAGAGAGAUGGCCGCAUUAUCAAGGUGUUCCAGGCUAAUUUGGGCAGGUUUUUCUUUUUUCUUAAAUAUGCUCCAUCAGUACUGAAAUGAAUGACCUUUUUACUGUCAAAUAUCAUUUAACUAAGGAAGUAAAGGUCAGAGAAUAUUAUUUGAUAUUUGAACUUUUACUCUCCCUUUUCUCAUAAUAAACUUUCCACAAGAUGAA